CUGAAGUUGCAGCUCCUGCGCAGUCCACAGGCGUGCUGAAUGCAGAGAGCGCUCGAGGCUAACGCAGCUUGCUUCCCGAUUAAACACAUCUCAGUGGCGUUUGUGCCAAUACCUAUCGUGUCUGUUUGACUUCACACCGGCUGGAGCUCCUCUGUGAAUCGAUACUGUCGGUGCAGCAAACUGAAGGGGAAAAUAAAUCAACAGAACUCUAUGCAUUACUCGCGACGCGUUGCCGCCUGGUUGUACAGACUAAAUGUAAGCUUGGUUAAAAAAUGUGGGUCUUUUGCUGAGCUGGAGAUGAUUUCCUUUUGGCUUCUCUGUUUGAAACUGCUGAGAGCCACAACGGGUAUAAAAAGAGGGAAUGGAAAUGAACUGAGUGAAGGCUGCAGCCACACUCAAAACCAGAGACAAAAAGAACAAGAAUACUUCCCAGGAGCUGUUACCAUAGAGACCAGCAGCCUUUCAGAAAUGGCCACUGUAAAUGACAACAAGAUGGAAUCUAUGGAAACAGAGAUGACAGAAAAUGAAGGCUCACAAGGGGAGGAAGAAAAAGCUUGUAUCCAAACAGAUAUCGAAGACUCCAUAAAAACAGAAGACAGCGUAGAAUUAUCAGAAGAUCUGUCUCCAGAUGAAGACGGAAUCACUGAGCUUAAAGAUUUAGGAAAUGGAGAUGAAAACUUCCAAGGUAGGUCUAGUAAAGAUUCAGUUUUUGAAAAAGGACAAGAGCAACUAUAUCGGACAGAGUCCAUGACCUCAACUAUUUCAGACUCCCCCUCAAGCACAGGAAGUGUAUGUGAGAAUAUGUUAGCUCAAAAAUCACAGGAUAUGAUGGAUUACGAGGAAAGGAAACAACCAGCACUCACAGAAGAAGCUGAAGACACCCUGAUCUCAAAAAUCCAAGACCUUGAGGGCACCAUAGAAAUAAAUACACAAGAAAAUUUUACACAACAGGAAACAGAGGAGUCAGUCUUAGAAAAGUGUAUCAGAGAGGAAACCUCGUCUGAUAUCUCCAACGAGUCUUGUCACAAUCUCGAGCAAGAUGACUUGAGUGAUUGUGUUCAGGUUGAAAUAGCCAUAGUUUCAUCAGACAGUGAGUCAGAUGACAAGUGGAGGGCCAUAUUUACUUCCUCAGUAAAUAAAGACGAAGCAGAUGGUAUGUUUUCAGACAACAUCCAAGAGACCAGUUCGCAAGAACAACCUGUUCCAAUGGUUUACGACUCAGAGGAAGGCUCUGUGGAACAUGAAAAGAGACCUGAAGCUGAGAUAGAAGACAGCACAGAUGAUCUGAUGCAGAAUGAGCCACUUCCAGAAAAUGAAUUUUCUACUCAGUUACCUAACUUGUCUAAAAUAUCUGAGGAUGAAGAGGAAACUAGUUCAAGUCUGGCUAAACAUAAAUCAUACACAAUAAACUCUGCAAGGGCCAACACAGAAAAGAAGAUACCCAGUGACUACUGUGUAAUCCAAGAAACGAAGAGUGAAAAUGUCAGUACUGAGCAUGUAGACUUUACAGUGGCUCGCAAACAGUGGCUAAAGAUGGAGGAAGAGACAAAACAGCAGGUGCUCCAACCAACAGUUAAGCAGGGCACCUGUCAGGGGGGCCACAGCCUCAUGUACACUCCAGUGCGGAACAUAGAGAAGCCUAAGAAAGACACAGAGCUUGACAGCUUGGGACUAAGGGAACCAUCAUACACUCAGUACAGUCCAUGCUCAGAGGACUCAGGACUGGGAGACUCCAGCUACCGGUCACCUUAUGAUGAUGUGGAGACCCCCAUUGAGAGGGAAAUCCGUUUAGCCAUGGAGCGAGAAGAAAGCCUCCGACGUGAAAGAGGGCUCCCCAGCACCACAGAAGGUUUAUCAGGCAGAACCAGACCAGCAACACUCCUCCCAUGUAGGUCUGACAAAACUGAGGAGAGGCAAAAGAUGACUGAAGCCCAGGAGGACAGUUGCAGAUCGUACAGGUCUCCCAGCACAAAGACGCCAUCCUUCCCUCUUGCCUCCUCGCCAUCCUCAAAGAGUCCUUCAUAUCAUGAGAUGGCAGCCAACAAUGUUAUAAUCCUUGAGCCAGAUUCACACAGCGGUGGCCACAGACACUGUGCUCAGACUCCCCUGACUUCUCCAGAGUUGAGGAAGUUUGGAGAAUGGCCCUCUGAAACUACCAACAUAAUCAUACUGGAGACAUCCAACCUGGUCAUACGUAGUGCAUCCGAAUUCUGUCUCAACACCGUUUACCAAGAUGCACAGGAGAGCACAUUCCUGAACAAUCCCUUCUUCAAGCUGCGCUCCAGGAGCACCCACUCCCUGGUAGACCAGGAGAUCAAGUUAGUCAAGCAAAGAGAAGAAGAGCUCAAGCAGCAAAGGGCACAACUUUAUGCAAAACAAAAAUAUGACACUGUCCUGGUGUCCCCAAACUUAAAGGACAGCCUAAGCUUCGAUAAAACAGAUUUGCCAGUUAGGUGCAAAUCCUCCCCAUCAUCACCACUGAAGACUGCUCGUAAGAUGGACCGCUCCACACUGUCUUGUGACUGCAAGUUUACAGAGAACUUUUCUGGAGUGCGCCGCAAGAGCACCAUGGCAAUGCGCUGGGAGGCGGGGGAGUUUGCAAAUCAUCCAUAACAAUGAAUUCAAAACGCCAAUCACAUUUGAGAUGAUAAGAAAAAAUGCUUUGUAUCUGUUUUCUAAACUGGGUGUCAUGCUGCAUAAAUUCAUACAAAAACCUUGCAAAAUGCACUGCGUGUGUCACAGACUACCUAGUAAAACAGUUAAGAGACUUCAGUUGUGAUAUAUUUAAUUGUUCAGGUAAGGAAAAAGGAGUUUACUGUAUUUUCUACUUGAAUAUUUUUCCAGAAAUAUAGGCCUGUCAAGUGUAAUGAAAUAAAAGGAAUAUUAAACAUGCUCUACCAGAGACAAAUUUUUGAAAAGUCUACCUAACAAUUAUAUAUUUGUUAUCCAUAAAUACAAUAUAAGUUUUAAUCCAUUUUAUAUGGCACACAAUGUUAAUUUUGUUUGUAACAUCAACAGGUUCAAUAUUUAAAAUUUACAGACUGCAAUGAACUGCUCACAACAGCUCACAGCUGACCCGAUAUAAAAACCAAACUACAGAAUAUUGCAAUUCAGAAAGAAUGGCUUGACAGCAAGACAUAUGCAUUAUUCUACUUCUAUUAAGUAUU